AUGGACGGCCUGUCAUCGUCAUGUGCCUCUGUCCUACUCCUCGGGGAAGGAAACUUCUCCUUUGCGAGGUCCCUCAACCAGAAACUGGGCGGAGGCGUCCGAGUGGUGGCCACGUCGUUUGAGGAGGAGGAGGGGGUUGGCAAGAGGAAGAACGGCCGCGAGAAUGUGGACGCAUUGAGAGAGAAAGAUGUAACCUGUCUAUUUGGCGUUGACGCGACCAGGAUCCAUGCUAGCCAGUCGUUGGAGGGGCAGAGUUUUGACGGGAUCAUCUUCAACUUCCCCCACGUCCCCGGCAAGGCCAAUAUAGCCAAGAACAGGGAGCUUCUCAAAGGUUUCUUCCAGAGCUGCGUGCAGAAACUCAGCCCGGCCGGUCAAGUCCUGGUGACCCUGUGUAAUGGUCAGGGGGGCACUCCGGCCGACCAGCCGCAGAGGGAGAAACAGAAUUCCUGGCAGGUGGUCGACAUGGCAACCUACGGUGACCUCAUCCUGACAGACACACUGCCGUUUCGAGCCGGGGAGUACCAGGAGUAUAACUCAACGGGGUACAGAAAUCAAGACAAAGGUUUUCUGACCGACCGUGCCGUCACGCACGUAUUCGAGAGAAGUCGACUGAUUCUUGAAGUUGUCGAAGCGCCGACUUUGUCAGCGAAACUUGACGGGAACACUCUUGAAUUCCAGUGCCCGCCAGACAUUGGUGCGUGCAUGAAAAGGGACCUUCUGUCAGAGCCAAGUCAUCCCCUCAGUAUCUUUAAAAUGAGUCUAGUCUCCGCAUUCCAGUCGCUCUACCCUAAGAUGACGGUACUGCAAGAAUGCGACUUUGCCAGUGUGGUGCCGGAGACGAUCAAAAACGGCUGCGAGGGAGUCUACAGAUUGCUGAAUAUUCAUGAGCCCGGGGACUCCAGUGGUGCUUGGUUGCUCAGACCACACCUCCUUUGCCACGUGAAGAGUCUGAUUGGCAGACAUGCAAAUGAGGGGUGUGUCCUCCUCGGCAAGAGCUAUCACCGUUGUGCCGUCGCACCGGAUUCAUUUCCCAUCAUGCACCAUUUGCUGCUGGCCGUCCCGUGCGGUCAAAAUACAGUUGACUCAGUCGCAAAGGUUUUAGCAGAUCUUCAUUGCUGCGUUCAUAUACAGAGCAAGGGCACCGACCAUGAGACAAACGAAUCACUUGAAAAUGCCGGUAACAUGGAAAGUGCGAAGUCGUUUAAAAGAAGUCACAGUCGAAUGGAAGAAACUGGUGCCCAGCCAAGCAGCGGUGAAGGGGAAAACGAGAAGAAAUUUGAACACUGCCGUGUGUGUCUGCGAGACUGGGUCAAAACGUACGAAGCGAUACAACUCAAAGAUUCGUCUGGAAACUGGGCCACUGUUGGUCUGUGCGGUACAGCAACUAGAGAGGCAACAAACUAUGACAUCGUAGUUCUAUAUUUAGACCAGCUCGUCAUGCACCUGUUAAACGUGACCGACAUUCGAAUGCUGUGGUCCACAGAUGUGACAAUGCAGGACAAGCGUAGCAAGAAACCUGCCACGGUCGGAUUCGGAAACAAGGAAUCUGUAAACUUUGGUGACUUUGAGCUAAUAGGAAGAAGCAGAUACCCGCCUCUGUAUGUCCGUGAUGUGAGCUUCUGGGUUCAGGGUGGAUUUGAUGAGCUACGUUUCGUGUCCCUGCUGCUUCGGGCCACCGGACUGCUGCUCCAGCGAGUUUGGUUGAAGGAGGUGUAUCACGAUCAGACCCGAGGCGAUGCGAGUCGGUGCUACCGGCUGGAGUAUCGGUCCUGCGAUCGUGCUCUGAGCAAAGACCGACUCGCGAGGAUACACCAGGGAGUACUGGAGCUAUUACGGGAGGAAAUGGGCCUUGUGGCAAGAUGACAGAAGCCGAGGCAUAAGAGUUACCAA